AUGACCCACUGCUGCUCCUCUUGCUGUCAGCCUACGUGCUGCAGGACCACCUGUCACAGGACCACCUGCUGGAAGCCCACCACUGUGACCACCUGCAGCAGCACACCCUGCUGCCAGCCCUCCUGCUGUGUGUCCAGCUGCUGCCAGCCUUGCUGCCACCCAACUUGCUGUCAAAACACCUGCUGUAGAACCACCUGCUGCCAGCCCAUUUGUGUGACCAGCUGCUGCCAGCCUUCCUGCUGCAGCACACCCUGCUGCCAGCCCACCUGCUGUGGGUCCAGCUGCUGUGGCCAAACCAGCUGUGGCCAAACCAGCUCCUGUGCACCUGUCUACUGCAGGAGAACCUGCUACCACCCUACAUGCAUCUGCCUGUCUGGUUGCCUAAACCAGAGCUGUGGAUCCAGCUGCUGCCAGCCCUGCUGCCGCCCAGCCUGCUGUGUGUCCACCUGCUGCCAGCCUUCUUGUUGCUGA